ACACAUUACGAUAUUGUUUACGUGUUUUGCUAGCUGAGAUUUGUGUUAUUUAAAAAAUAUGUCAUCCUGGAUAACAGGACUGGCGGACAAGGCCGAAAAUAUUCUGAACAAGCUGGACCAGAAUGCGGCAACGGCCCUGCAUACGGAAACCCCGACCAGUGGCCCAGUGGAUCCCAUGCGCAGGAGCAUGACCAGCAGCACUCAGUCUCUGUCAUUGUCAAUGAAAUCAACUCUAUCGCCAGCAAAGCGUUCGAGCGCCAAUAGCUCAUCUAGUGUGAAGAGCGAGGGCGGAGGAUCAGUGGUCACCAAGGAGAUGCGCCAGAAAAUGACUUCAUCAGCCAGUUUCUCACAUAACCCAGACAGCAAUGCCAACUCAAUGGACACCAGUGAACUGGCUGCCUUUAAGAUCGCCUUGAAUGAGAUCACAGCCGAAAGGGAUGAACUGCGUCUGCGUUUGGAGGAACUUAAUAACGAAACCGAGAAGUUCGAUCUGCAUCAACACAGCCAGAUGCUGGAAGUUAUGGUCAAAACUCUUUCCGAGGAGAGGGAUAAGGCGGUUCACGACCACAAUGAAGCUCAGUCUGCGAACAUGGCGUAUGUGCACUCUAUCUCCGAACUGGAAACAAACCUUGCAAAACUCCAACAGGAAUACAUGAGCACCGCUCACAAAUUGCAGAUGCAAACAAAGGAAACGGAUCAGCAACGACAAGAGCUCCAGGAAUACCGCAUUAAAGCGCAGCGGGCCUUACAAGCCAAGGAUUCCCUUAUCGCAGAGUUGAAAGAUAAACCCGUUGAGGAGGGUUCUGAUCCCCACUUAGUGGCGAAGGACAGUGAGACGCGAUUCCUACAAAUCGAACACGAAUCACUUAAACAAGAACUAGACCAUGCCAACGAGGAAUUGCAAAAGGCACGACUGCAGUUGGAGGAUUAUCUUUCUCAGGAGAGACAACGUCAGGUUGAGCUAAGUUCAGCGCGCCAGCGGGAAGAAUCGCUCGCCAAGGAGUUGAGACAAGCACGAGAACACACUGUGACCUCUGAGUCGGAUCAAAGAGUGCUUACCCAGGAGUUAGCAUCACUUCGGCAGCAACUUAGUAACCAGAUGGCCGCUUCUGCAACUCGACUCCAAGAGCGAGAACAGCAGUUGCAGCAAAUGCGCCAGAGGCUCAGCGAAGAGGCAAAUUCUGGAGCUAAAAACGAUUAUGAGACGCGGUUGAAAGCACUCACCCAAUCGUUAGUAGAAAGGCAAGGUCUUUUGGAAAGAGUUACAAGUGAGAGGAAUGCCCUGCGAUUGCAACACGAGAAGGCGCAGACACAGUUGCAGCAGAACAUGCACAUGAUAGAGAUGCAGAGCCAGAGAGGCAGCUCGCGACAUGCUUUGCUUAACAGCACAGAUGAUGUCAAAGCACAAUUCCCGUUGCUCAUGCAUCCAAGUCCCUUCGACAAUCGUGUGGCACGUCGCUUCAAGAGAGCCCUUCGCCAGGCGGACUCUAUGGGCAUCCGGGUGGGAACCUUUUUGCGCCGUUAUCCAAUGAUGCGUGUCUCUGUGAUCGUGUACGUGGCUCUACUCCAUCUUUGGGUAAUGUUUGUGCUGCUCUCUACAACACCAAACUAAUCGAAUCAAAUCAAAUCCAUUUAAUUGAGCAAUUGUUUUAUUUUUAAAUAUUGUAUGUAAUGUAUUUUACACGCCAAAAUUGGAUAUCUAGGAGUACGAGUAUAUGUGUGUCAUGUUUGUGGUUGCAACAAUUGUAUAUAUCAUUAGUAUACUUGUGUCUCGCACUCGAUCUAAAUUCAAUAUUCAAUAAACAUCAACUAUGUACAGAAA